AGUGAUUAUUAGCCAUCAUUGCAAUGAUUUCUCAAAGACAAAGCAUCUUCUCAUCAACGAAAUAUCGAUAUAUCGAACUAACGCAAAAUUGGAAAACCAUGCAACAAGAUAAUUUUAUCUAUGCAAUAUAAAUCCAAUUUUGUUCAAUGCUACACAUACUAGAAGUGGCGCACAAUUCACCAAUGAAGUAUCAUAUUAACUUCUUUGUAAUCUUUUGUGACCAGAAGAAAGAAGAAAUAAUGAAUUCUAUAUUUUUUUCGAGUAUCCAAAUAAUAUGAAAUUUCACAAUAUAACCAACAGGGUCUCUAUCUAAAGGAUGAUAUAUUUUGAAAAAAAAAAAAAAAAAAAAAAAUAAUAAUAAAUAAAUAAAUAAAUAAAGGUUUUGUCAACUUUACUUGCAACUAAAUAAUAAUAAUUAAAAAAAAAAUAUCCAUAGUGGUUUGUACUACAUAGUUAUAAUAACUGAUGGAUGUCAAGCAUUUUGUCAUAUUAUCAUUUUGUAAUAUUCUUCCAUAUAAAGACUGUCUGUGUUCUUUAAUAUCACAUAACAUGGACAAUUAAAGUAUCAAUCUACAUACAAUUUUAUACAAAGUUUCUGAUAAGAGUGAAUCUCGGUGCACAGAUAAUUUAUCAAAAAAAGUGUCGAAUGUUGUCUGAAAUAGAGAGUAGAAAAGUGGAAACAACCUACAAUAUACAAACAAUGAAUUUAAAUCAUGCAUUGCAACAUGUUUAAAUAGCCUUCACAUUAAGCCGAUACAUCUCUGGAAAAAAAUGAGAUCAUUAAGAUGGAGAAAAAGGAAAAAAAGAAAAAGGCUAAUACAACAAAUGGAAAAGCUGGUCCUAAACGCAAUCGAGGGAAUACACGAGGACGAAAUGGACUUAGAGGCAGAGGUGCAAGAACUAAGCGUAAUAUUGGCACAUUGAAGAAAGAACAAAAAUGGCAACGUGGCCAAAAUGCUAAUCUACGUGGUAGUUUUACCAAAAAACGUUAUAACAAGAAUGGUGGAGUUGCUUCACAAAAUAUAUUAGCUUCGAAUCAAAAAGCUAAUAUAAGAGGAAAUUUAAAUGUACGCCGUGGUCGUGGAAAUCGCUAUGGUUUAACUCGUAGUCGAAGUAGAACGAAUUUGACUUUCACAAAAGCUGGAUUUUUUACUGCUAAUAAAACUACACUGAAAAGAACAAACAGCGUGAAUAGUGUGCGAGAUCCAACUUCUGUUCACAAUCGACUAGGAUACCAAAGUCCAGCACAAAUCGCUUAUCGAAAUCAUGUUAAAAGAGCUAAGCAACUUCUCCUUCAGAGACAAAAUCAACGGCUUAACUUCCAGAAUCAAUUUAGAAUGUUACAAGCAGGAAAGUCUUCGAUUUCACUACAGCAAAGACCAUUGGAACGGCGUCAACAAAUUUUAACAUCUCAACGAAGAUUUACUACUGGUGGAUUACGUUCAGAUCAAAUUGCACGUGCUCAAAGAAGAGCUCAAUAUGAACAGAAACUUAUGAGGAUCAACUCUGCACGAAUCACACCCUCAAAUGUCAAUUUCAUGUGCACACUAGGUAAUGAUUAUACACCAAAUACACAUGAACAUUCCAUAAGCCUUGCACAGAACAGAAAUGAAAGAAGUAUGAGUGGUCUUCACCAACUGUUAAGAGGGCGUUCACCAAUUACACAAACUAUACAAAACUUAAACAUGAUUGGUCGAUCUCCUGUAUUUGGUCGACAGCGUUCUCGGUCAAGAUCACGCUCCCGUUCACGCACACGUAACGUUCCUAUGUCUGAUUCAGGAACUGAUUUAGAUGAUCGUACUUUUAGUAAAAUUAUGUAUAGUAUAUCUGCAAGUCUUGGCGUCACAGGACGAACCCUUAAUGAUAGAUUUAGUUUUUAAAUGCAAUAAAACAAAUUCAUCUUACAUUCAGAAUUAAAGACUGGCAAAUUCAGUGCACAUGAGUUAUAAGAUUUUCAAUUUUAAUUAUAGAUGGGGAGAUGUGCUGUUUUUUGCAAUUUAGAAGUAUAAACAUCAUCUAAUAUUAAAUAAAUGUCUAUAAUAUCGAUUCAGAGUUGAUCGAAAUAACUCUGUUAUAUUUAGUCUUAUUUUGUCUCCAGUAAUAUAAUGUCUUUUAUUAUGCUUUUUUAUAAAAAAAGACAGCAUUUGUUAUAAAAGAAUUGUUACUGUAAUAUAUUUAAGCAUAAUUUCCCCUCUA